AUGGUUGCCGCGGGGCAAGAGGCAGGCUUGACCAAGAACCUCAAGCUUCUGGUGCUAGAGGGAGAACCCGACGCCCUUCAGCUUUCCGAGACAACCAAUACUCUCUGGAGCAGAUACGAAGACCCUCCCAAGGCCUGCGACGUGGUUAUACAGGACUUUAUCGGAAUCCCUACCAGGCUUGCGGCCAAAAUACUUCAGAGGGUACACCAAAAGUUGCCCGCGUCGGUGCAAUGCGCCAUCAGAGACGUGUACGAUUCUUUGCCCCGGGGCGAUGUCCGAGUAGCAGGCAGUAGCAUCAGGGGAGGGUUGCCCGAUGCUCUUUGUGAUGUUCUAGGUCGAGAUUCGGAGCUGCGGAAGAAGGUCAUAGCGAUCAGAUCAGUCUGUGAGACUGCCCGCGAGGCGGCUGUUCAAGCCUGGGAGGAUGCAGCUGGCAUUGGUGGUCGACGCCGGGCACGACAACUAAAGCUACGACUGGGAGCUUGGUUAUUCUGA